AUGGCAGCCGUCACAUCGCGUGUGUCUGCGGCCCUCACGGGCGCCGUCAGCAACGCUGGCAUCCGGCCGCUUUCCACACGCCAGCUCGCUUUUAGAGCCGCUCCAUCCAUCGGCAGCGCGUCGCAGCGCCUCUCGUCGGUCGCACGUCGCUCGGAGCAGCAGCAGCGCCGCCUACAGUGCCGCGCCAGCAGCUCGGAGUCGGACGAUGCGUUCGGCGACUACAGGGCCACAGUCGCCGCGCUCUUCCCCGGUCAGGGCGCGCAGAGCGUCGGCAUGGGCGCGGAAGCCGCCACCGUGCCGGCUGCGGCGGCGCUUUUCGCCAAGGCUAGCGAGAUCCUCGGCUACGAUCUGCUCGACGUGUGCGUGAACGGCCCCAAGGAGAAGCUCGACUUGACGGCCGUCAGCCAGCCGGCCAUCUACGUCGCGUCACUGGCGGCCGUGGAGGCGCUGCGCGCGCAGGAGGGCGGCGCGGCGAAGCUGGCGAGCAUCGACGUGGCGGCGGGGCUGAGCCUGGGCGAGUACACGGCGCUCGCGUUCGCCGACGCGUUUAGCUUCGAGGACGGGCUGCGCCUCGUGCAGCUGCGCGGCGAGGCCAUGCAGGCGGCAGCGGACGCGGCGCCGAGCGCGAUGGUGAGCGUGAUCGGGCUGGGCGCGGACAAGGUGCAGGAGCUGUGCGACGCGGCGAACGAGGACGUGGAGGAGAGCCAGCGCGUGCAGAUCGCCAACUUCCUCUGCAACGGUAAUUAUGCUGUGUCCGGAGGUGUGGAGGGGUGCAAAGCGGUGGAGGCCAAGGCCAAGUCGUUCAAGGCCCGCAUGACAGUGCGUCUAGCCGUAGCAGGCGCCUUCCACACGCGCUUCAUGGCCCCGGCCGUCCCUCGUCUGGAAGAAGCCCUGGCGAACACCACAUUCCACACGCCGCGCAUCCCAAUCGUGUCCAACGUGGACAUGCGCCCGCACUCGGACCCCGCUGUCAUCAAGCGCAUUCUCGCACAGCAGAUUACGUCGCCCGUGCAAUGGGAGGGAUCGCUCAAGCAGCUACUGGCGCGUGGGUUGACGGAGAGUUACGAGCUGGGGCCUGGGAAGGUGAUUGCGGGGAUCAUGAAGCGCGUUGACAAGGCUGCUCCUGCUGUGGUUAAUGUCUCGGUGUAG